AUUGGGUGUCAGGAUAUGUAUAAGCUACUCAUGUCAGGGUCUUCUGAUGCAAAUGAGUGCAAACUAACCACGUUGAAGAUCAUUGGCAACCAAAUAGGUGAUGAUGGAUUAAAGCGCUUGUCUGAUGCACUCGCUACAAAUGAGUGCAAACUAACCACGUUGGACAUCCGUGACAACCAAAUAGGUGAUGAUGGAUUAAAGCGCUUGUCUGAUGCACUCGCUACAAAUGAUUGCAAACUAACCACGUUGAACAUCAGUGACAACCAAAUAGGUGUUGAUGGAUUAAAACACUUGUGCAAAGCACUCGCUACAAAUGAGUGCAAACUAAGCACGUUGGACAUCAGUUGCAACCAAAUAGGUGAAGUUGGAUUAAAACACUUGCGUAAAGCACUCGCCAGAAAUGAGUGCAAACUAAGCACGUUGUACAUCGGUUACAACCAAAUAAGUCAUAAUGGAUUAAAACACUUGCGUGAUGUACUCGCUACAAAAGAUCGGAAACUGAAUUUGAUAACAUGAUGCCACCAUGCGACAACAGAGAUCUACAUCAUAUACAGCAGAAGUCUAGAACAAAAAGAGCUCUCAAGCUUGUUYCCAAUUUAUAGUAUAUUUAUAAUAACACUAUAAGAAAAACUGUGACGGUGAAAGAAAUCGCGGAAAAGAAAAAAACCAACCAAAGAGAGACAAAUGAAUAAGUAUCAUUUAUUACUUUUCCAUGAUGAAUAAUUUUUUUAUUCUAUAUAAAACACACCAAAGUUUAGUUGAAAGUAACCGCUACCUACUCGAGGCGRAUUUCACGGAGCAAUUGCGAGGAAACAGCGUUGCGACACAAGUUGCUUGAGUGUUUACACGGUGCAACGG